UGGACCUGUCAGUGUGGCGGCUAUCUUCCUGCUGCUGAGUGCAUUGCCUAUAGCUUCUACUUUGAAUGAGACAGCGACCGACACAGCGGACAGAAAUGCCGUAACAGCACAAACUUAACAAGCAAAAGAUUUACCGCGGGUAUAAAUAAGGUCUUGAUGUUUACCUGUAAUUAGUGGCAUAGGAUUUCCAUCGCCUGUGGGUCUGACCACAUCACUGUGACUUCACUCAUCACAUUUUACCACUUUUGGAGAAAACUUGUUUGUUGCAGCCUCCUUUGAACACAAGGCAAUCAUGAACACCCACAAGUCAGAUGUGCACACCAUCUCUCCGGAGCUGCCAGCGAUGUUUGAUGGCAUGAAGUUGGCGGCUGUGGCGACGGUACUCUACAUCAUCGUACGCUGCCUAAACCUCAAGAGCCCCACCGCGCCCCCUGACCUCACCUAUCAGGACACACCCCUCAACCACUUCCUGCUCAAGUCCUGUCCUCAGCUGACCAAAGAGUACAUUCCCCCCUUGCUAUGGGGCAAGAGCGGCCACCUCCAAACAGCCCUGUAUGGGAAACUGGGCCGGGUGAGCGCACCUCAUCCCAGUGGGAUCAGGAAGUACUUGCCUAUGCAGGAUGGGGCCACUGCGACCUUUGACCUCUUUGAGUCAAUGGGGGACCAUCGAACAGGAGAUGACAUCACGAUGGUGAUAUGUCCUGGUAUCGGUAACCACAGUGAGAAGCAUUAUAUCCGAACCUUUGUGGAUUACGCCCAGAAGGACGGUUACCGCUGUGCUGUGCUGAACCACCUCGGAGCUCUACCCAACAUUGAGCUUACCUCGCCACGCAUGUUUACUUAUGGGUGCACAUGGGAGUUUGCUGCCAUGGUGGGGUACAUCAAGCGGGCAUAUCCUCAGACCCGGCUCAUAGUGGUGGGCUUCAGUCUGGGUGGAAACAUUGUCUGUAAGUUCCUGGGUGAGAACAUUUCCAACCAGGAGAGAGUACUGUGCUGUGUCAGCGUCUGUCAAGGCUACAGUGCUUUCAGCGCCCAGGAAACAUUCCUACAGUGGGGUCAGUGCAGACGCUUCUAUAACUUUCUCAUGGCUGAUAACAUGAAGAAAAUUAUCCUCUCUCACAGACACAGUUUAUUUGGGGGAAACUCAGCCAAAAUAAUGGAUGCAGACCUCAGUCGGCUGUACACAGCAACAUCCCUCAUGCAGAUCGACGAUAACAUCAUGAGAAAAUUCCACGGCCACAGCUCUCUCAAAGAGUAUUAUGAGAAGGAGAGUUGCGUCCAUUACAUUCACAACGUAAACGUACCACUGCUGCUUGUAAACUCUGCAGAUGAUCCUCUGGUUCAUGACUCUCUGCUCAAGAUCCCUCGCACACUCGCAGAGAAGAAGCCAAACGUCAUCUUUGCCUUGACGCUACACGGCGGACACCUGGGCUUCUUCAAGGGUGCCGUGCUCUUCCCCAAGCCUCUCACCUGGAUGGACAAAGUGAUUGUGGGCUACGCCAACGCCAUAUGCCAGUGGGAGAAGCAGAAAGCGCCAUGCCAAAGUGACCCCCUGAGUGAGAGUUCCUGCGCACAGGAAAAAGCCUAAAACCUUUUCUUUGUCACUCCCUCACCCUAAACCACAAGACACCCAGCACCGAGGAGACACCUGAAACUGCUCGCUCUCUCUCCUCUGCCUUCUUCUUUGGUGCUGCUCACUGCUGCAGACCUCGUCUCCAUGCCUUCAGCGCAGGAACAACCAAGAGCAGAAACACUGUUUCUACAGGUGGAGAUGACCUUCUCGCUUGACCACAGAUGUGAGCACAUCCCCAGUAGAGUAGUAAACACAUUUUUCCAUUUAAGCCUUCUGAACCAAUGCAACAUCCAUGUGGUAUCUACUGUAGGUUAUCCUCAAAUAUAGUGGCCAUGUCUGAGACCUCAAAGAAUGGGGUUAAAAGAGUGUGUGACAACAUGAUCGGCAGGUGUGAUCCAGCUUCUCUUAUCUACCGUAGAAUGUAGAAAUUGUACUCAAAAAUGAAAUGCAGUGGAACCCGUUUAAUCAACCCCGUUUAUUUCGACAAAUCAUCCCAAGGCUUCAUGAUGCGACAGCGGAGCUGGCGUAUUGAUCCUGUUGCGGCUCUUUGGCGCUGAGUGCAUGACUUUUCUGGCAAAAUGCUAGGGGGCAGUGUUUUCCUACCUCUAGCGGACUAGCUAUUUAGUUUCCUGGGUAGUACUAGUGACCAAUUGCAACUAAAGAAACAUCCAGGUCGUUGCUGGAGUUGGAGCUAAUCAAUCAGUCACUUUUAUUGUACAUGUUGCUCCCAAACUGCUCAUACUUGUCAUAGAUUAUAGUCCCGGUCUCCGUUACAAAAAAAACUCCAAUUUAAACUACACACACACUUGCAGUUAUGUAGUGUAUUGUUAAACUAAUGUCAGGGGUCAUAUUUGAGCUGGACCACAUAUCUGUGGUGACGGAGUAAAAUGCAAUGUUUCCGAUGUCUUUCACUCAGUUAUGCAGUUCAGGAAUUGCUGUUUGUGACAUGUAUGUACGUUCUCCCAGGCCAUUCGUACUGUCUAACAUUUCUAACAUUUCCAGAAAUGUUGGCUUUUCAACCAUAUUGAAAGGUUGAAAGGAAAAGCCAGGGACACUGUCAGCACGCGCCAUUUUGCGUUGUUUCGUUUAUAUUCACUUUGCCAACCAAACGCCUCAGUAAGCUUUGACUGUCGGGACGAAGGCUCUGCUGCACCUCGGCUCCGGGGCUGUGGUAUUCGGCUUAGAAACCAUCGCUUUUGUGCCUUCAUUCAUAUUAGCGUUGGCUUGCUAACUUGCUGCUAGCACUCUGUUUGUAGAGUAUCCACUCACUAGUAGCCCCGCCUUCAUGUACUGGGACAAAGACGCUGAAUGGCCGACAGGAGGGUUCACUCUCUCUGUUCAUUCCACUAUAGAACCCAUGCACACUUGCAGAGUGAACCCACUUGUUAACCAGCCUAUGUGGUAAAGGGACAAGGAAAACAAACACAUAUACAUGCACAUGUCAAUUUAUCGAGGCCGGCAAAAUGAUCAACUUAAUUAUUUUUUUUUUUGUUCGAUUAAUCGAUGUAUCGAUUAUUGUGACAGGCCUAAUUAUGCAUGUGGCCUGCCUUAGUCGACGUCGGCAUACAUGCUCGACUGCUUUUGUUGACACAAAAUUUGAGACCCAAAGGGGGGCCAUUUCUAUGAAAAAUGAGUGUGUUUUUCCAAAAGCUGAUUUGUCGUUAUGUCAAAAUCAAUAAAAACAAACAUCAACAAAAAAGGGACUGCCACUUACCUUAAAGCUCCGGCACGAGACCAAAGCUCCUUUCUUCUACGCGGUAGACGUUCUUUCACCACCAUCUCUGCAACUAACAAACCACACUCGUUUGCACAAAUGGAGAAAAACGACGUUAACAAACAAAAUCCUUUAUUAUCACGCAUUCUGCUUAUGUCUCCAGCACAAGUCACAAAUAAAUGUGGAAGCAAUGGCCAGUUUUGGUUAUUUCCACUGCCAAACGGGUUCCACUGUAUGUACAAUCAGCCUGACAGGACUGGACUGGCAGAAGAAAGCAUAGUUGCGAGUGAGCAGAUUCCAUCCAUGCGCAUUCCCACAGUCACAUUCUAUCACUCUGAUGCCAUGCACUUGACACCCUCAUGAUCCCACCCCCCAUCAGCUGAUGCGGAGAGUAUUAUUCGUGUUUUUGCUUUCUGUGCAAGUGAGAAGACCACAUUGGAUGCAUGUUAAGGUAGCUGCGACGUUCCCCGUGUUGUCUCUUGUUGGUUUCGUGGCGCCCUCUUUCUCCUCUGGUUGCCUUUGACCGGCUGCAGCAUCAGUUGCGACGUAAACCCGCUGUCACGACCCUGUGUUGUUGUUGUCAUCAAAGUUGUAAAAGGCAGCCAAGAAUUGGAAAGCACAUAUUAUAUUUCAUAUUUAAUCGUGAAAGAGCUCAGCUGUGAGGCACGGUGGGUCGGAGGGACAUGUUAGUAAAUGCUUCACCAAAUGCUUAUUUUUAUGGAUUGUUGGAACGAUACUGGUGAUUGAUACUGUGGGAGUCUAAACUUUCCAGCGAGGGCCACAUAGUGGAAAAUGAAAGGGGCACUUUGAGAUUUUGUAAAGAUAUGCUAAGAAGUUAGAGAUAGUUUAAGAAAAAAACUGCAUCUCAGCUUUGAUAUUGGUGAAAAAGCCUAUUAUUACUAUGGACUUCCAUGUUAUGACUUAAAAGAAUUAAUUAUCACUUAAAAAAAACUCUAUGCUACUAAAUUAUUUUUCCUCAUAAUAUUACGAGUUUAUUCUUGCAAAGGAAAAAAAAUUCAGCUGUUUGUUUUUUUUUUUUUAAUUGAAUUUCAACUUCUUGUAAAUUUUCUUCUCAUAAUUAUGACUUUAUUUGCAUAACAUUUAACGUUUUUCCACAACCUGAUUUUCAAAAAAUUACAACUUUACUCAUUGUUGUUUGUUUUUCCUAAUAUUAUGACUUAAAAAACGAUUUAUCAUUCUUUAAUAUUUCAACUUUAUACUACUAUAUGCCCCAAUUUUUUCUCAUAAUAUUAUGACGUUAUUCCCGGACAAUUAUGACAUUUCCUCGUUAGAUUCUUUUAAUAUUUGGACUUUAUACUUGUUAAAUUAACACUUAUUUUUCCAUUUUUGCUGCUGCUGUUUUUUUUUUCUUGUUAAAUUAUAUUUUUAAUUGUGCUGCGAUGGCCAGCAGAAAAAAAAAAAAAAGCCGGUCUCACUUUGGACACCCCUGUUCUAAACUGUUGGUGUUCAUUAAAAAUGCAGUGAAUUACUCCAAUGAAACAAAGAUACGCUCAACAUAAAUAUCUGGACAUUUUCGCUCCCAUCUUUCAUGAGCUAAACACAACCAUGUCAAACUUUUUCUACGUAUUUCUCUCAAAGUUUGUUCACAAAUCUGCCUCAAUCUAAAUGAGUUAGUUGCUGAGAUAAUCCAUCCACCAUCUCAUAUCAAGGUGCUGAUCAGACUGCAUGAUUAUUGCCUGAGGCUGGCCACAAUAAAAGGCCACUCCAAAAUGUGCAGUUUUAUCACACAGCACAGUGUUCAUGUUUUUGUUGAGUGUAUAUUAUAAAGAUAUCAAUGCAGCAAUGAUUCAAGAGACAUGAAUCGUUGCCAAGGAUGGAAAAGUAACGGAAAUGAAUCUUUAGUUUCCCCAGUGAGCACUGUGAUGAGCGACAUGAUGAUGACAAUGAAAUGACAAGAUCGAACAAUAAAACCUGCUUUCAGUGACAUAUCAAGAGCACGCAAAUAUGCAAUUUGACUUUAAUCCAUUGCCAGUUAGACUGAAGAUGGAGCCUUGAAACUUGUCAACCGUUUGAGAUUAUACAGUACAUCCCCGCUUAGGUUUAGGGACCAUGCCGAAAAUAGUACACGGCGAGUAACUGAGGCGUUACUAAACACAUUUAAAGUAUAAAAUGCAAAGGUACUCACCACUAAAGAUGAUCCAUGAACAGAUGGAGUCGGUGUCACGGUGUAGAAGUUUCACUUUUACGUCUCUGCAACUAUGCUGCAUUCAAACCAUGAUCAGUGAAGCAUAAAGACAUGAACCUACAACGGAGUAUUAGGGCCACAUUGGGAAAAAAAACAUCUGAGAUUUGGAGAAUAAAGUUGUAAAUUUAUGUGACUAAAGUCAUGAAUUUACAAGGGAAAAAAAGUAGUAAAUUUGCGAGGAAAAAAGUCGUACAUUUGUAAGAAUAAAGUUGUAAACCUAGGAAAAAAAAAAGUCGUACAUUUAUGAAAUAAAGUCGUAAAUUUACGAGAAUAAAGUUGUAAUAUUACGAGUAUAAAGUUGUCAAUUUCCGAGAUUAAAAGUCAUAAAUUUACGAGAACAAAGUGGUAAUAUUACAUUUCAGAGGGAAAAUAGAGCAUAGCUCUUCAGGAAGGAAGGAAACUUUCCUCUUGCUUCAGGCAAGCUUUUAUUUAUAACGUGGCAGCAAAACAGCAGUUGAGCACAAACAGAUUAGCAUGGCUAGCUAGCCCUUCUCACUUCCGCCUUCCUUACCCCGCCCCCUCCACAUGCCCAAGGCCAAAGGUCACAUAAGUCAAUUUGUAAGUAAGUCAUUUUGCGACUUUAUUCUUGGUAGUUUACAAUUUUUUUUCUCUGAAAUAUACAACCUUUUUUUUUAUUCUCAAAGUCUCUGAUUUUUUUUUUUUUUCAAAGUGGCCCUAAUACUCGUAUAAACCCGUAAAAAUUGUGGGCUUUAUUUUUUUAUUAUUAUUAUUUUUUUAACAUAAAUGAUUACCAGCUGAUGGUGAAUGGUGAUUUUUAAAAACUGCCAAUUUUCGGAGAAAAAAAGUAAUUAUUUGACCAAAAUGCGGGGAUCCAUUGUAUACAGUGUUUGCGAGUAUAAACAGCUAGCAUUAUCUUUUUUGUUGUUUUAAGAGCUCAGUGGCAGUUGGUUCAUUUGGUACCGGGGCCUUCAGUGGGGACUUAACCGGACACACUUUUUCUUGGCAGACACUGUGAGGCCAUUAUUGUGAAAGAAUAAAAAUAAAAAAUAAUGCUUACUGUAUUGCCGUACAUUGCCAUUCACUCUGGCUGGGAUUCAAACCCCAGUCCCCACCCUGCCAAGCGCCGGCAUCAUGACCCACUGCACCAUCCAGCCAUUGACAAAAAAAGUCCUGUGGCAUCACCGAUAUGAACUAUGAAUGAUGCACCAGUGGAUAUCAGGAGUAUGUGAACGUCUCUUCCUGUUUACUUCCCUGACGACCUCCUCAACAUGUUUUGCAAGAGAGUACCACAAGCUACCCAGCAUGCCUUGCGGCGGGAGUAUAUGGGUGUAAUUUUGGCAUGGGUGAUGCGCGUAGACGUUUAUUUGUAUGCCCGCAUGGUGCAGUAGGUAGGUUACAUUGUGUGUGUUGACGUGUUGUGUUGUUUGGAUUGCUAGAGAUUGCAUCUGACUACUUCCUGUCCGACUCAAGCGUGCCACAGUAGCACGGCAAGUCAUGUUGCCAGCUACAGUAUUGUUGUUAAAGUCUUUUGUUUUUUUUUU